AUGUGGGAGCGGUGUCAGAGUCACGCAGCUUCCUACGUGGACUUGUUACAUCAGCCCGUAUUUGUCGUCGAGUUGGCCAAAGAAGUGGCAGCGAAAAGCGAAAGGAGAGAUCGGUGGCGCCCCAGCUUUGCCUGGCUGCUCGCACUCAGUCUGCUCUUAGGAGACGCCAGCGCACUGGCGCCAGCGGCGCAAGCCUUUCCGUUCUUUGGGCCGUCGCAGGAGAAGGACCCAGUGGAGCCGUUUGUGAUCUACGGAACUGUGGAGAAGAAGUUUCUCAUUGAGAAAAUCGAAGAUGGGCGCAUUGUUGGUCGUAAGAAAGGCUUUACGGCCUCUGUAUGUGCAAAAUGCGUAGGGGCCAACGCGGAGACUCCGGAGUUUCUCGGGCUGCCUACUGGCAUGAAGAUGGAGGAGGCCCCUGGGGAGCAGAGCUGCAGCAAAUGGGAGGCCGCCAGCAAGGACGAAGUGUGCGCAAAACCGUGCAAGCUCUCGUGCGACGACGCGGUCGCGCGGCAGGUUCGGCUCGAGCGCGCAUCUACGGGGUACGAGCUCGACCCGGGGGAUCGACAGAAGGCGCUGCGGGGCUGUGCGGCGGCCUGCGAGAACGAAUGUCAGAAGCCCGGGCGGUCGUCGGCCUUCGUGGUGCCCAUUCGGCCGUGAGCGUCCUCUGACGUCUUUUCGCAUGCAAUCUUCGCCGAGCUCUUUAGAGGACGGAUGGGGUUUCGCUCCUUGACCAUCGCUCAGGCCGCCAAGUGCGUGGGAAAACUACCCGGUUAUUUGGAGCGCCGAUCGCCCAGCAGAUGUCGCUCGAGCAGAGGACUUCCCUCGGACUACUCUGUUUUUCAACCUCGCUCGCCUAAGACGGGCCGUCCUCGCAAGUGCACGCUUGACGGAGCUGCGACGAGGGGAAGGCAUCUUUCAGCGAGUAAUACUGUCUCGACUGAGGCUGCCCUUUCAAUCUCACUUAGACCAAUGUUCUUACUCGUGAGCUUCUUGACAAACGAGCUGCAGCUGGCAGUGGUCCCAUUGUGUCGCCAACUGGCACUGAUUGCUCAUUGCAUGGCAAAGCUUGAGCGCGACCUUCUGCUAGAGCCAUGCGGGGUCGUAUCUGGGAAUUGUGUUUGAAGGCGCC